AUGUCGAUUUGCGCAAAUCCCCUGUUUCUCUUCCUCUCUCGCUCCAUUUCUUCUCCACUCGGAUCAAUCCCUCUGUUUACGACAUUUUGGUUCACAAACACGAUCUCCCCCGCGAAUUCACUUCCCAAAUCGCCUCCGAAUUGGGCGACCUCAAGCACCCAGAAACCGUCGAUUCGAUGCUCCAAUUCCUCAAAUCGACCGGAUUCUCAACUCCCCAGCUCCACAGAGUCAUCAAUCAAAUGGCGGCCUCGCGGGCGCAACAUUAAACCCAAAAUCACGACCCUCCAAGACCAGGGCUUUUCCCCACCCGACAUCGCAAGGAUCAUCUCCAGCCACCCCUCGAUUCUGGGGCCGAGCUUGAAGAAUCAGAUCAUUCCCUCAUUAUCAAUUAUCAAGGAAUUGAUGGGAUCCGAUGAUGGACUUGUGAGAGCUGUGAGGAAUUGCACUAGGGUUUUAAGCGCCAAUUUGGGGAAAACCCUAGUCCCAAAUCUCGAAUUCUUGAAGAGAAAUGGUGUGUCUGCUGACAGGAUUCGUGUCGUCUUCAAUGGCAGAUACGGGUAUGCUUUCCUUCGCAGGCCGGAGGUGAUAAGGGAGUCCUUUGAGAAGGCGAAAGAAAUGGGGUUGAGUGUGUCUUCCAAGACUUUCAUCUAUGGCAUUGUGGCUAUCGCGGGGACGACAAGCAGUGGGGGGUGGGAGAAGAGGCUGCAAGCUUUCCGGGAUGUGGGGUUUACGGAUGUUGACGUUUUAACCGUGUUCGGGAAGGACCCUUUGGUGUUUCUUACAUCGGCGGAGAAGUUGACGCGGCUUCUGAUUGGUACCGGCAAGUAUGAUAUCUCGGACAUUGUUCGUUCCCCUGCAGCAAUCAGUUACAGCGUCGAGAGGAGGUAUGAGGUGCGGGUGAGGAUAUUGGGAGUUCUUGAAAGGAAAAACUUGAUUGAAAAAUGGCCUAGUCUUCAGACACUUUACGUAUCAUCAGAUGCUGAGUUUUGUGAGAGAUUUGUUAGCCCAUAUUUAGAUCAUCUUGGUGAUGUUUACUCCCCAAAGAUGAGUUGA